AUGGCUCUUAAAAUGAAAAAAUUCGAAAAAAUGAUUCGCGGGGAUCAAGUUCCCGAACAGAAAUCUUACGAGAAAGAAGAAAUUACUGAGAAGAUAAGAUUUAAUGAAUUAGAAUUUCUUAAACAACGCAUAUUCGUAAACUCGUUGAGUCAUAUUGAGGACGAUGAAUUAAGAAAAAAAUGCUCGGAUAUAACUACUCAUUAUAGACUUUUUAAAGAUGAAGAAUCACAUUAUAAAGUAAAUGAGUUGUCAGACGAUGAUAAAAUUAAAUUGGAUAAAUGCAUCGAGGAGUGCAUACACAAUGAGUGUGCUCUGAUUACUAAUGAAAAAGAAUCUAUCCCUGCAGAUUUGUUAAAGUUAAUUGAAUCUGAACCAGCUAUGCCAGAUACUAUAAAAAAUAAAUUAAAUAACAUGUUGACUCUUUUGAAUAAGUAUACAAAUAAUCAAAAAGAUAUACAACAUUCAAUGCUUACAUUAUUAGAUAGUAGCAAUGUUAAUAUUUUAGAAGCCCAACAACUAUCAAAAAAAGUAGAUGCUAUUAAAGUUAAUUCAAAUAAGUUGCAGAGUGAUAUCAUCAGUAAAUUUUCCUGUUCCAAACAAUUAUUUGAGUCAUUGGAAAAAUACUACAGUACUAAAGAAAAAGAAUAUGAAUCAGAUUUGACAAAGUUCGAGGAAUUACAGAAACUACAAGAGAAAUAUAAGCUUGUGGAUGGUCCACAAUAUAAAGAUUUAGUUAAAAGAUUUAAACAAGCCCAGGAAAUCAUUAAAAUUAAAACAGAAAUGUUGAAUAGUUAUUAA